CUGUUCCUAGCCCCCGAGGAGGAGCGGAGCGAGCUGCCUGCGUGUCUCGGGCUCGCUGGUUAAUAACACGCGUGAAGAGGAGCGGAAGCCCCGGCUGGAAAGUCUUUCCUCCGUCCCUUGCUAAUUGUCGCCACAGAUUUCGCCGCCUCCCUGGACUGCCCCUGAGACAUCACCCGUGCAUGGGGGAGGCAGGAGAGGCGCGCUCCGGGCUGAUGGCCCGCGCAUCCUCCGACGAGUCCCGCUGCGCGGCCCGAUGAGGGCUGGGUGCUGAUGGGCGGCGGGAGCGGCGCAGAGGACAGCGGGGGACAAGCUGCAGCUCCGCUGGGCCGCUGAGCCGAGCUGCUUUGCCCGCGGGAGGAGCCCAGCAGACAAGGUGCGCCAGAGCGGGACAAAACAAGGAGCGAGGGGUCGGUGGGAUCGCUGCCUGGCUUCGGGGUCCCUACCCCCAGCCCGGCGCAGCCCGCCAGGAUGAAGGAGUAACUCGCGCUCGGCGGGGGUCCUGUGCCAGCGCCCAGGGAGCCGGAAAGAUCCAACCAAACUAUGGCUUUUCAGCCAGCGCCCGAUCCCUCCAGCGCCACCCGGAAAAACCCCAGCCUGCUGGAGAUAGGCGCGCUCUGCCUGGACUCGGAGAUCAUCUUCGGCUUCACCAGCCACCUCCUGCGGAGGAAAGGCAAGAUCGCGGAGGGCAGCUCCGGGCGAGAGCCGCCCCCGCUCUCUCUGGAGCUCUCCCCGAGGAAGAGGCUGGGCCGCCGCCCCCCCCCGGAAGGAGCUGGGGCUGUCUCUGUGGCCGAACUGGGGCACUUCGAGAGAGCCGGGAAAGGGGGAUGGUGCAAGAACUGUCAGGUCAAGCUGGCCGAAUUCAAGAAGCAAGCCCUGAAACUGGCAGCCGGCAGCAGCCCCGCUAACUCCCUGCCGGACCCAAGAUUAUCAGCUUUAAUUUUUGACAAGCUUCAAGUGCCUGACCAUUUACAGAAAAACAGGAAUGAAGGAGAGAGCAGAUGUGAAAUUUGUGCCACUCACCUGAAUCAGCUGAAGCAGGAAGCCAUUCAAAUGAUCCACACCCUUAAUCAAGCCAGCUAUCAAGAAGUACCCAGCCUCCCCCAAAGCUCUGCAGCAGUGACCAGUGUCUUACCAAGGAUGGUGACUGUGUCCUCCCAAAGGGACUUGCCUCUUGUUGCUGGGCAGGUGGGUAGGCAGUCUGGGAAAUCAACAAGUCUUUUCUCGGGGACAGAGAGAAAGAAGGGACUUGGAUGGCCUCAAGGCACAAGCGGUUUUCCAAACUCCAGUGUUCAAGUAACUGUGGCUCCCAGCGGCCUCAGUGGUGCUUUGAGCUCAGUGACUAUUCAGGCUCAGCAAUAUCUUGAGGGGAUGUGGAGUAUCUCCAGAGUGAACAGCUUUCUUCCUCAAGCUUGUCUAGCAGAAACGGCAACAGAAGGUGGAUGGGAAAGUCCUAAUGUUCAUGUUGCCUCAGGGCAGAACAACUGUGACCAAACUGGAACAGGCAGCUUACUGACCUCGCAGAGUUUGGUUGCUCCUGCUGGGGCCUCUGCUGGUACUUCCGCUGCGGCUUCAUUCUUCAUAAGAGCAGCACAGAAGCUUAACCUGUCCUCGAAGAGAAAGAAGUGCCAUCCUCCCCUGCCACGCUCUCAUGACUUCUCUGUCUACGCCACCAACUUCAGUGGCAUACUGCAGUUAUGCUCUCCCCCAGCACCGCCAUGCCUUUUGAGAGCGGUAUCAAAAAUCAAGGACAACCCUGGCAUUGGAAAGGUGAAGGUGAUGGUGAGAAUUUGUCCCUCUCAAGGACCACAUGACACAUCCGAAUCCAUGUCUUUUCUAAAAGUGGAUCCACGAAAAAAGCAAAUCACUCUUUAUGAUCCGUCUGCAAGUGGACCAUCCAGUUUAGGUCACAGGAGAGGAACUGUUGCUGUCCCAAAGAUGUUUGCCUUUGAUGCAGUAUUCCCUCAGGAUGCUUCUCAGGCAGAGGUAUGCUCUGGAACAGUAGCAGAAGUAAUCCAGUCUGUUGUGAAUGGUGCAGAUGGUUGCAUAUUUUGCUAUGGUCAUGUCAAGCUUGGUAAAUCUUAUACCAUGAUUGGCAAAGAUAACUCCACACAAAGCCUUGGUAUUAUCCCCUGUGCAAUUUCUUGGCUCUUCAAGUUAAUCAAUGAACGCAAAGAAAAAACUGGGACUCGUUUCUCUAUUAGAGUAUCUGCUGUGGAGAUCAGUGGCAAAGAUGAAAACCUUAAGGAUUUGUUAGCUGAAGUAGCCACUGGCAGCCUUCAGGAUGGUCAGUCUCCAGGGGUUUAUUUGAGAGAGGAUCCGAUAUGUGGAACCCAGCUUCAAAACCAAAGUGAGCUUAGGGCCCCAACUGCCGAGAGAGCUGCAUUUUUCCUUGAUGCUGCAAUUGCUGCCAGAAGUACCAGCAAACCUGAGUGUGAUGAAGAAGACAGGAGGAAUUCGCAUAUGCUCUUCACUCUUCAUAUUUACCAGUAUCGCAUGGAGAAGAGUGGUAAAGGAGGAAUGUCCGGAGGACGGAGCCGUCUGCAUCUCAUUGAUCUAGGAAGCUGUGAAAAAGUGCUGAGCAAGAGCCGAGAUGGGGGAAGUUCUCUGUGCCUAUCUCUGUCUGCCCUGGGCAAUGUAAUUUUAGCCUUAAUUAAUGGUGCUAAACAUGUGCCAUACAAGGACAACAAGUUGACUAUGUUGCUGAGAGAAUCAUUUGGGAACAUCAACUGUAGAACAACUAUGAUUGCUCAUAUAUCUGACUCCCCAGCAAAUUAUGCAGAAACUCUCAUGACAAUUCAGCUUGCAUCACGAAUCCAUCGAAUGAGAAAGAAGAAAUCCAAGUAUGCAUCCAGCUCAUCUGGAGGAGAAAGUUCAUGUGAAGAAGGCCAUGUACGAAGACCACCUCACCUGAGACCAUUUCACCCAAGGACUGUAGCACUUGACCCUGAUCUUCCUGUACUGACUAUUUCUAGUGAUCCCGAUUAUUCCUCCAGCAGUGAACAAUCUUGUGAUACUGUCAUUUAUGUUGGUCCCAAUGGUGCAGCUUUGUCCGACAGGGAACUAACAGAUAAUGAAGGACCUCCAGAGUUUGUUCCCAUAAUUCCUUCCCUUAACAAAAAGAGAAGCAAAGACAACUUUGCUAUUGUUAGAAGUUCCGACAAGGACCAUUUUAAGUGCAACACGUUUGCUGAAUUGCAGGAAAGGUUAGAAUUUAUUGAUGGAAGUGAGGAACCUAUCAAGUUUGCUUGUGGAGAAACACCUGCUGAAUCAAAUUGUGGUCCAGUGACAGUGGUCGAAAAUGUGCAGUCUAAAUUGGUAAAUGAAAAACCAUCUUCUCCAUCUGUAGGGUAUAAAAAAUGUGUUCCACAGGAAACUGUCUCUCCAAAAAAAGGACAUAAUCUUCAUUUCCAGGCUGCUGUGCAAAAGGGUGGCAGCUGUCAUGAAAAGAGUACCCCUCACUUCAAAGUGGAACAAUCCAAACAGCAAACCAAAGCUGAAGGCAAAAAACUGGGCUCGGGCUCGGAUGGCGAGAGAGAGACAAUCACAGAUUCACCGAAAUCCUCAAAAUAUAACCCUGCAAGGAGUCAAGAGCAGAGUAAGGCCACAGUUGAACGUGUAGUGAAAGAAAAGACCUCGUAUGUGAAGAGACCUUUACCAAGCCCUGCACCCCCUCCUCCACAACAGAAAGAUCAUGCCCUCAGAUCCAAAGAACCAUGUUCAGAACUGGACAAUAGCAGUGCAGUCCGGACUCCUCCUGUGGGGAUGAGUAAGCAGAUGGCUAGCAAACCUGAGCACAACUUGGUAGGAAGCACAUUUCUAGUUGGCAGUAACACCGAGAACCAAUCUGGUGCUAUUGAGGUACAUAGUUUCCGUUCAGCUUUGAAAGGUAAAUGUUUUGACCGGGAUAUACUGACCACCACAGUGACUUUGCAGCAGCCUGUGGAGCUGAAUGGAGAAGAUGAGCUUGUUUUUACAGUGGUAGAGGAGCUAUCUAUCAGUGGAAUUUUAGAUAAUGGAAGGCCUUCUAGUAUUAUUAGCUUUAACAGCGACUGCUCCCUUCAGGCUCUUGCAUCAGGUUCCAGGCCUGUUAGUAUUAUUAGCAGUAUAAAUGAUGAGUUUGAUGCUUAUACCUCACAGGCAAGCUCUACUGGUGUAAAUAUUGAUAUUGUUUUGCCCUUUGCCGAGGAUCCAUUCUCCAGCAGCAGACGUUCCUCCAUCAGUUCUUGGCUUAGUGAAGUUAGCAUUUGUACAAUUGAAAGUGAUGGAGCCCAGUCCCGUGACAGUUUUGUCGCCCAGUCUUCUUACAGCUGUAAUAAGUCCGAAGAACCUUUUAAUUUGGAUUUGCCCAAUGUGACCAUCCCAUUGAAAAGCUCCCUGAAUGACAGUGGAUUUUGUUUCUCGGAGCUGGAAACUGAAAGUAUAAAUUCUAGCAAAAUGUCUUCAGGCAUCAACAAAAGCCCCCACACCACUUCUGAAUUAACCAAAGCAUCUCAGAUGAAAAGUGCUUUUUGUGUAGCUGAUCAGCCCAUGAAAGUUAAAUCUAGCAACUCUCGAGGUACACCAGUGAUAGAAACAAUACAUUCUAGUCUUCCUAGGAAAACAAAAACUACCUCAUCUCCAACCCACAAUAAUGCCACUGUAGGCAGGGAACAGUGGAAUCCACACAGUAUAUUUGAAGAUCCCUGGCUAGUGCGCAUGGAUAAUCACUUGGAAGCAAAAGCUGCAGAAUCUCUGCUGUCUCAGAAAUCUCAACCAUUUUGUACUGAUAAGCAGCCAACAAAAGCUGCCCAAUACUUCAGCAGUGCAAUCAAGCCAACUAAGUCACAGACUAUGCUUGCGUGCUCUCAAAGAGUUGUAGAUGGUUGUGAAAUGGCUUGCAAAUCUUCCACAGGAGCCACUAAGAAAUCUGAAGCAGCAGCAAAAAAGCCACAGCUUAAGAGAGGAGCCACUACGCUGGGUGUGAUGCCAGUAGCAUCUGAAACAGCAACAAAAAUGCCACAGCUUAAGAGAGGAGCCACUACGCUGGGUGUGAUGCCAGUAGCACAUAGUAAUAGUGCUCCAUCCGACGAAUCUGAAACAGCAACAAAAAUGCCACAGCUUAAGAGAGGAGCCACUACGCUGGGUGUGAUGCCAGUAGCACAUAGUAAUAGUGCUCCAUCCGACGGUUUGACCAGGGGAAGUUCUGAAGCUGCCUUUGCUGUUGGCAGCUUGAAAACAUCCCUGGGAAAGAAGAGUGUACCACAGAAGUCAAGCAUGCUACCUAGGCCUAAUGGGACCAUACCUCCAACGCCGCCUGUACGGAAAUCAAGCCUCGAACAGAAAAAUGUUGUGGUGACACAUAAUGGAGGCAAAGCUGCAGGCCUGGACUGUGCUAGAGUUGCAGCACCAAAAGCUGAGGAAGAGGCAGAACUACGAUCAAAAGUUGGAUCUUGGGUUAGUGAAUGUACCAGCAGUAAAACAAGUCUCAAGGGGGACCAUUCUUUGCCUAAAAUGACUUCAAGUUUAAAGACAAAGGCAUCUAAAAGUGAAGCUGUUCAUAGAUAUGGGAGUCACAUGUCUCUGGAAAGGUGUGAUAGUCUGACAUCAGUUGGAUCCAAAACAAACACAACGAGGGAAAACAGCAAUGUUAGCAUUAACAAUGGUAGAACGGGACGAUCGGUCCCACGGCUGGGAGUUCCCCCUGUAGCGUCUACUGUGACUUCACCACCAUCAUAUACUGCACCUUUACCCUGUAAAAGCAACCAGGCAAAAAGUACAACUAACCAGAAAGUUGCAGCAAAUGGUAACAAAAACCGCAGCCUUUCUACCAAUGGGUCAAAGUCUCUUAGCUCCUCUGUAAAGUCACUGACUCAAUCUAUUGGAAAAAGUUCUAGCAUUCCUCCAAGUGGGAAAACAGCGCCCCGAUCUGUGCAGGGUGUUAACAACAAACCUGGCAGAGGAACUAUUAUGGGGACAAAGCAAGCAAUUAGGGCAGCCAACAGUCGGGUUAACGAACUGGUAUCAGGCAAUUCUGUCAAAAUGGGGCAUUUCAGAGGCUCCACAGACUCUGAUAGUGGAAAUGACAGUGGUAUUAAUCUCAGCGAUGAAAAGUCACAGAUUCCAGUGUUGCCAUCUCCAUACAGCAAAAUAACGGCGCCCCGGAGGCCUCAGCGAUACAGCAGUGGGCACGGCAGUGAUAAUAGCAGUGUUUUAAGUGGAGAGCUGCCACCAGCAAUGGGAAGGACGGCUCUUUUUUACCACAGUGGUGGCAGCAGUGGCUAUGAAAGCAUGAUUCGUGAUAGUGAAGCGACAGGCAGUGCCUCUUCUGCACAUGACUCAAUGAGCGAAAGCGGAAUGUCAUCACCUGGGCGUAUGAGGAGUUUGAAGUCCCCUAAGAAAAGAUCAACAGGUCUUCAGCGUCGUAGGCUGAUUCCUGCCCCAUUGCCUGAUGCUUCAUCCCUAGGAAGAAAGCCCAGUGUCACUGGCCAGUGGGUUGAUCUACCACCUUUGCCAGGCACUCUUAAAGAGCCAUUUGAAAUUAAAGUUUAUGAGAUUGAUGAUGUGGAACGAUUACAGCGACACAGACAAGAGGAAACUGAGCCUUUCCAGGAUGUUGAAAAGGGUCUGAUGUAUUUCAAUACCAAGCUGAAGAUUUUAGAAAGGCGCCAUCAGCGGAUUAGAGAAGUGAAGGCCAAGCAUGAAUGUCUGAAGGAAGAGUUGGAAGAAACAAAGUGUAGAUUGAUGAUGGAUCCAAAUAAAUGGAAAGAAGAGUUUGAGGUUGACCCUCACCUUGAUAAGGAGUCUCAGGAGUAUCUGGAGGCACUUGAACAAGUGACAGAGGAACUAGAGCAGUGUGUUAAUCUGUGCAAGUCACAUGUCAUGAUAGUGACGUGUUUUGAUAUCGGAGUGAUACCUGAUGUGCAAGAUGGAGUACGAGAAGUGGAAGUUUGAAGAUAGAUUUUCAAGGGACUUUAGGAAGUGGAGCCAAACUGUCCAACGUGAAGAAGAAAAAGGAUUAGAAAGUGCAAGUGGGAAUGUGAAGAAUUAAAACAACAAUGAAUGUUGUAGAGACUGAUACAGAUGAGGAAUUGGAAUGUUUAAAUCAUUAUGGUGCCUCUACCUGACCUGAACUGUAAAAAGAUACAAAUAGAAAUAAACUUUGUUUCUAACAGAGAAGAGCAG